AUUCAAAGACUCACAGCAGGAUGUUCUAGAAACGGACUCAGAUCAAGGUAUUCAAUUCAUCAAACAAAAUUACUUGCAGCCUCAAAUAUCCUUACCUAAAGUCUCUCCGUUUCUUUCAAAUGUCACUUGUUUGGAGAAUUUGAUCUCUCUCAGUCCUUCAGAAAGUUAGAGUAUCGGUCGUGUGGCCUCUCUUUGACCUCCCUCUUUGACUGGUCACAAUGCGUGGUGCAUAUGAUGUUACGGGGGUGCCUCGUACUCUUUAUCGUCCGGUCUUUGGACCUAAACCUCCUCCUAAAACCCAGUCUCCUACAAAUCUGAUUACUCUUCAGUCUGAUCCAAAGGACCGAGUCACUGGUAAACGGGAGGAUGUCCGUCUCUUCUUCUCAAGACCAUUCUAACGACAGUGACAUAGAUGACUUGAUUGCGGGGAGCAGUAGCGAAGAUGAACCGGAGUCGCCCAAUGACCUUGAUCAAUGUCGACUCACCCGUGCCAAACAGCGGGAGAUCUUCAAGGCAUUUGUAGACGAGCAGAGCCGCGCUGUGACAUUUGAGAAAACCGAGAAAGCGGCCGGGGAGAUCGAUAAUGAGGUUCUUUCCACCAAAAGACUACUUGAACAGCAAGGCGGGGCUGCUAGGAUCAUAUCGACUCCUAGGGAGUAUCAGAUGGAGCUCUUCAACCGGGCAAAGGAGAAGAAUGUCAUUGCAGUUCUAGACACUGGCUCCGGUAAAACGCUGAUCGCCGUGAUGCUCCUUCGUCACAUCGUUGAUGAAGAACUGUCACAUAGAGAAAACGAUGGCAAGAAGCGAAUUGCCUUCUUCCUUGUCGACUCUGUCACUCUUGUCUUCCAGCAAACCAAGGUGCUCCAAGUGAAUCUGGAUCACAGCAUUGCAAGCCUCUAUGGGGGCAUGGGGACCGACUUGUGGUCCAAAGCUACAUGGGAGGAAUACUUUGAUAAGAACAUGAUCAUUGUCUGCACGGCGGAAAUUCUCCUACAAUGUCUUAUGCAUUCCUUCAUCAAAAUGGAUCAGGUUAACAUCAUGAUCUUCGACGAAGCUCAUCACGCUAAAAAAGAGCAUGCAUAUGCGAGGAUAAUUUCGGACUACUACGUCACAGUUCCAGAGGAUGCCAGGCCUCGUAUCUUUGGGAUGACGGCAUCUCCUGUAGAUGCAAAGAAGGACGUACUAGGGGCCGCACAGCUACUCGAAGCGCUUCUUCACUCCGAGAUUGCCACCAUAUCUGACCCAGCAGUGCUGCAGUCGAACGUCGCUAGGCCCGAAGAAAUCAUCAUCAGAUAUGACCAACCCCUCUUCACCCGGUACACGGAGCUCCACUCCCAACUCAAGGGCAUUCUUGGGGAUUUGAAGUCGUUCCAAGGACUAUCCGACGCAGCUCGAACUAUUUCCCAAGAACUGGGCCCGUGGACUGGCGAAUGGUAUUGGAAGUUUGCUUUGGACGAGGAACAGACAUCUAAAGCGGAACGUCGCACAGAUCGAUCUCAUCAGAAGCGUGGCAUCUACUCGGUCGAGGCUCUCGAUGCCGAGCUUGCAACCAUUCGCGAGGCAUCCGAAAUCGCGGCAAACCACAAGUUCGCCCAGCCCGCGCUGAGUGAAAACUUGAGUGACAAGGUAGCGAAACUCCAUACGGUGCUCGAGAAGAACUUUUGGUGGGAGACUGAUGCCAAAUGCAUUGUGUUUGUCGACAGACGAAUCACCGCGCAACUUCUCUACGAGAUUUUCUCUUUCCCCCAAUUUGGUGGGAAAUAUCUCAGGUGUGGCAUGCUGGUCGGAGGUGGCUCCAAACCAGGGAGCUACAAGCAAUCCGUCAAUAAGCAGUUCCUGUCUGUUACCAAGUUCCGAAAAGGGGAAAUCAAUUGUCUUUUCGCGACAUCCGUCGCAGAGGAAGGCCUUGAUAUCCCUGAGUGCAACAUUGUCAUUCGCUUCGACCUUCCGAAAACAAUGAUUCAGAACAUUCAAUCCCGCGGACGCGCACGUCGUCGAGACUCUAAGUUGGUGUACAUGGUUAUGAGUGGCACUGAUCAGGAGCUAUUGGUGUCUGACCUUCGUGCACAUGAGAAUCAAAUGAGGGCAUUCUGCCAUGCGCUGCCAGAGGAUCGAAAGAUAGGUUUGGCCUUCGAUACUGACCCCAAUAACCAGGAGAAGUUCUAUGUUGACAAAACUUCCGGCGCUAAGCUCACUCAUAGUAUGGCGAUGAUAAAGCUUCAACAUUUCGCUGCCGUCCUUCCAAAGGAGAGCGAUGAGCCCGACCUUCCGGUCUAUUUGAUCCAGCCCAGAGGUGGCGCUUUCGCCUGCGAGAUAAUCCUACCGUCAGGUUCGCCGGUCCGGCGAGUGAUUGGAAAAGACAAACCUCGGAAGAUCGAAGCCAAACGGUCCGCCGCGUUUCGAGCGUGCCUCGAGCUUCGGAAUCGCGGCGCUCUCGAUGAGCAUUUUCUCCCAAUAUAUCACAGCAAGGUCAUUCCCAAGAUGGCGAACGCACUUCUUGCUGUCAGCUCCAAGAAAAAGGAACAGUACGAGAUGCGUAUCAAACCGGAGAUAUGGUCUUGGGGAUAUGCGGUACCCAUCACAAUCCAUUUUCUGACUAUUCUCGAAGUCAAAGGCACGCCGACACGAAAGUACAGUCCCAUCGGCCUGGUGACUCGUCGACCAAUGCCGGACUUCCCACCGUUCCCGCUCUAUCUUCUUGACGGAACUCUACUGAUGCUCCAGCCGCGAUCACUUCCGGUCGAGGUCGAUUUCUCCUGGGAACAGCUCUUGAGCGCAAAGGAGUUCACGCUACGAAUGUUCAAGGAUCUUUUCAACAAGAAAUUCGAGGACUGCUUUGCAAAAAUGUCCUAUCACGUAGUUCCUCUUCUCGAAAAUCCCAGUGCUCGGAUUCAGGAAGAUACUUUCGAAAACUUAGUCGAUUGGAAGCUCCUCAAACACGUCAUGGGCACGAAAGAGAUCUCCUGGGAUGCGAAGAUGCCAAAUGAAGAGCUUACCAAUAGGUACUUAAUCGAUCCAUGGGACGGUAGUCGACGAUUUUUCAGUAUUGAAGUGGAUUCGACCAAAAAGCCCACAGACCCUGUACCCGAGGGGUGUGCAGCCCGUGCAAAGUAUAACAGCAGCAUACUGGACUACUCGGUUAGUCUCUGGAAGAAGGCCCGAGCGAAGUCGACUUGGAACGCCAACCAACCCGUCAUACGAUGCGAGAGGGUCUUACAUCGUCUGAACGCCUUGGCUGAACCGAGCGAGAAGGAGAAGUCUGUCAAGACCCGGGCUUACCUCUGCCCUGAGCCGCUCAAAAUCUCAGCAAUCCCGGCGGAGUAUGUGACGACAUUGCUGCUUUUCCCAGCAAUGAUCCAUCGGAUCGAAGACUAUCUCAUAGCCCUUGAGGCCGCAGAAUUGAUUGACAUCAACAUCAGUCCUCAGCUCGCCCUUGAAGCCGUGACUAAGGAUUCGGAUAACAGCGACGAACAUGACCGCGACAAAGUUGAGUUCCGAUCCGGGAUGGGGAACAACUACGAGCGUCUGGAGUUCAUGGGUGACUGUUUCUUGAAAAUGGCCACUUCCAUCUCCCUCUACUGCGUAUGCCCGGAAGACGAUGAGUUCAGCUUUCACGUUAAGCGAAUGAUUUUGAUCUGCAAUGCAAAUCUGCUUCACUCUGCUAAGAUGUUCAAGCUGUACGAGUAUGCCAGGACGAUGGCCUUUUCUAGACGACUGUGGUAUCCCAAGGGUCUCGCUCUGCUUGAGGGAAAGAGGACGGGGAAUGAAGCCAUCUUGCAUAAGCUUGGUGACAAGUCUAUUGCGGAUGUUUGCGAGGCGCUUAUUGGUGCCGCGUUCAUCCAACAUCACAGACAUGGAGAGCCAUGGGAUCCAGAUCGCUGGAAUGAUACGGUUCAGGCAGUGACCAAGCUAACGACCAAUCCCGAUUCCUUCAAGAAGUUGAAUGGCGAACACAUGCACGAUGCGGUGAAGUUCGACGACUACAGGAAGUCUUACCACCACCCCAAAUGGGCGCAGAAGCAGGCUAACGCGUCUCAACGUGAUCUUUUGGAGAAAGUCUUCAAAGAGCACCCUUACCGCUUUCAAAACGCUCGUUUACUCCGCUGCGCAUUCACGCAUGCUAGCAUCGGAACCUUCGAAGGCAUCCCUUCGUAUCAACGCCUGGAGUUUCUUGGGGAUUCGCUUCUGGACCUAGCUUGUGUAGAAUACCUGUUCUACAAGUACCCGACGAAGGAUCCGCAGUGGCUGACCGAGCAUAAAAUGGCGAUGGUAUCCAACCAGUUCCUGGGCGCACUUUGCGUCAAGCUGGGAUUCCACCGCCAUAUUCGUCACCAUAGCACCAUGAUGCAACGAGACAUCCAGAACUACGUCGAAGACAUCGAGGCAGCCGAGAAGGAAGCGAAUGGGGCGAAAGACUACUGGGUCAAUGUAAAAGCAGCCCCCAAGUAUCUCCCCGAUGUCGUUGAAGCGUACGUCGGCGCCGUCUUCAUCGACUCUGACUUCGACUACUCCCAUGUCUACAACUUCUUCAACUGCAACAUGCUUCCGUAUUUCGAAGACAUGGCGGUAUACGACAACUUCGCGCAAAGCCACCCUACGAUCCGCCUGCACGCCUUGCUGAGCCAAGACCUCGGCUGCCGUUCAUACCGGCUCCUCGCCUCCGAACUUCAUCACGCUCUGCCGGGUGUGGAACUGACGGACCGAAAAACCAUCUCGGCUCUCGUCGUCCACAACACGAUUGUUGCGCAUGCGACGGCGGCGAGCGGACGGUAUGCGAAGGUGGCGGCAAGCAAACGCGCGCUGGAAGCCCUGCAAGGAGUGUCAUCGCAGGAGUUUCGGAUAAAGUACGCUUGCGAUUGCCCUAGCGAAUUCGAAGAUAAUAUGGGACUUGUGGAGGCCGACGGCGGGGCGCUAGCUGCUGGUCCCGACGUUGCCUUGGGGACGGCCUGCUGA